GGAAGAUAUUGUAUUCGUCAGUUUCUGUUCUAUUAUGGUGAUAUACAAAAUGGCUGAAUUGUACUCCCAUGUAAAUAUAUGACAUAUAGUUCGAUUUUCUUGAUAUAUAUUCACGAGAACGGCCUACUCUGAUUUUAUAUUGGACACCAAUUGCUGCAAAGGAUCCCUGUUUUGUGGACUUGACGAUGAUAAAAAUCGCUGUGACGGAUAAAACCUUUGAUUGAACUACAGACGAAAAUACUUGCAUUGUUAUUGUUUGCUGUAUGAACUUUCCAUAUACACUGUCUUGUGUACAACACCCACUGCUAGCUGCAUGAAAUUUCCACAUAAGUUAGGAGGGACAUCAGAUUUCCUAAAGAGGAUAUACACACCCUGUCUCGUGUACAACAAACACCGCUACUGUCAGCUGUAUGAACUUUCUUCAUAAGUGAGCAGGGGCAUCAGAUUUUCUAAAGAGAGUAGACACACCCUGUCUCGUGUACAACACCCACAGCUGCUGAUAGGUAAUCUGGAAUAUAGUUUUAAUAUUAAAUACACUAAUACAUGUGACGUAAUAUUGCUAGUGUUAGCCGUGUGAACUUUCCAAAUAGGUGAGGAGUGACAUCAAGUGUUCUAGAUAUAAUAGACAUUCCCUGCCUCGUGUACAGUAUCCACCGCUACGAAUAGCUAAACCGAGAUAUAUAUUGAAUGUUACACUAAUACAUGUGACGUAAUAUUGCUAGUGUUAGCCGUGUGAACUUUCCAAAUAAGUGAAUUGUUCUAGAUAUAAUAGACAUUCCCUGUCUCGUGAAAAGCACCCACCGCCACGAAAAGCUAAACCGAGAUAUAUAUUAAAUGUUACACUAAUAUAUGUGACGUAAUAGUGAGUAAUAUUGCUCUAGCUGCAAAAUGGCGGAGUGUAAUGCUAAAAAUAACUGUAGUAUAUGUCUAUCAAAGUUCACAAAACCUAGAAUAAUUGACUGUCAUCACACAUUUUGUGAGGACUGUCUACAAGAUCACAUGGACAAUUUUACACGUAAUAACAGAUUCAACUGUCCAUUGUGCCGAAAGAGUUGCAAUGUGCCACCAGCGGGGGCCAAGGGGUUUCAAUCAAAUUUUUAUGUCGAAGAUGAAGCUAUAGAUGAAUUCUGUGGCGUCCAUGAUCAACAAAUACUGGAUAGUUUCUGCUCGUAUUGUCAACUGGUUGUUUGCAAUCAGUGUAAACUAAGCAGCCAUAGAGGGCAUGAUGUUCAAACCCUACAAGAUGUCCGACCAGCUUUUAAACAAGAAUUACAAGAAUUACAACAUGACUUGGAAGAUCAGAUACCCAAGUUUAAAACUUUCUCGGAUUCCAUUAAAACCAACAUAUCAGAGAUCAAGGACUCGAAGGAGUCGGUGUGUAAACAGAUAGAAGAGCAAGGGGAUAAACUGUGUAAAAAGAUCAGAGAACUGGAGCAGCAGAUGAUUCAAAACGUCACGGCCACACACGAAGCAGACGUCAAAUCGAUGAACAGAAUUUCUGAAGGAGUGGAUACAAUCCUGUUACAACUUCAUGAUAAUAUUAAAACCAUUUCCCAGACUUCUAAAGAUCGCUCCACUGUUAAAAUCAUCAACAGGGUACAGAUUGCAAAGUUACAGAAAGAAGAAAACCAGAAGCGGAAAUUACCCAAAGUUCCGAAUGCAAGUUCCGCUAAAUUUCGCCCGGGUAAAAUAGACCAACUUACCUCUUCGCUUCUACUGGAAAAGAUGGGAAAGCUGAAUAUUUACCAAGAAGAAAUUUUCCGGCAGACAUUUAAUGUUGGUUUAAUUACAGAUCUAUGGCUCGAAAGUCCACAAAUUCUUGUUGGGGGUUUAUCCUGGAAAGUAAGUGUUAGUAAAUCGGCAAGCAAAACUCAGACUACCUCCCUUGUGGAAAAUGUAUCGCGGUACAUGGCAUCGCCAUCUUCCCUCCUUGAUGCAUUUUAUGUGACACCAGCCCAGUUUCUCCAUAUAAGAUUGCAGUUUGACAGUAAAUACAAAUCUUGCCGGGGGAAAUUCACCAUCAAACUCAUCAAUGAAGAAGAAGGCCAACUUGCCACAGUUAAAGAAGAUAACCAAACUUUCAGUGAUGCGUGUCAGUCAUAUGAUUGGAAUGACGUCAUUGAUUUUGAAAUGUUGACCGACACAAGCCGUGGUUUUUUGAAUGAAGAUAAAAAUAUUACGGUACAAGUCCAGCUUAAAGUAACUGACAUAAUGCAAUAAAAUGAAAUAUUAUAGAGAGUAUAAUUGACAAAUGGUUUAUGCUAGAAUUUUAGGUGUCGAUAAAGUCACUUAAAGGGGCUUAAUCGCUAAUAUUUGGGACCUAGAAAUUGACACAAAUGUGCUGCAAUGCAUUUAAUUUAAUAUAAUGUAUAUAAACUGAUUAAUUUAAGAAUUUACUCAAAAUUGUUCACCUUAUUUUAACUCAAAUAUGGCCCUUUAUCAAACGUUUAUUGUUUUAAUGUAUCAAUGUGUUUCUGGAUCAACAGUGAUUGAAAGUUGAAUAAGUUCUUAACUAAAGUCCGAGAAUGCUUUGUGAACUGGGGGCCUGGUAUAAUAUCAAAUACUUUCUAGAACAUCGGAUACCACAUCUCUUUGAUGACUUCUUAUUGUGAUUCAUACUACAACAAUUUGUGAGAAACCAUCAAAUUAAAAAUAUUAAUAUACAUUCCUAUGGUAUUAACCCCAUGUUAAUAUUUAAAUUCGUGUUGAUAAUUCGCAUUUAAAUUUGUGUUCAUGUAUUCGUAUCCAAAUUCGCGUUUCUAUAUUCGUAUGAUAUUAACCUGGUGUUGAUAUCUGAAUUCGUUGAAUAAUUUAUAUGUAAAUUCAUGUUGAAUUCGUGUUGAUAAAUUCGCGUUUCUAUAUUCGUGUUGAUAAAUUUGUAUUGAUAGACUGUGAAAUUCCUCUAUUAAGACCACCCGUGACCUGUCUAGAUUUGGUCGUAAUAGUGGGGUGGUCUCACUACUGAGUGAGCAUGCUUGAGGCAAUUUCAAAGAUAACAGACAGUGUUAUGUAAAUUAUAUUGACAUCUUGACCUACUUUAUUACUCUAAGAUGAGAUAAUAAUGUAGGCCUACUGUAUUACUGUAAGAUGUGAUAAUAAUAAUGUAGGCCUACUGUAUUACUCUAAGAUGUGAUAAUAAUAACGUAGGCCUACUAUAUUACUCUAAAAUGUGAUAAUAAUAAUGUAGGCCCACUGUAUUACUUGCUUCUCGAUGAAAUAAAAUAUGUUAUUCACUCUAAAAUGACAAAUAUUUAGCCAUGAAGACUAUGCUGUUUAAUACCAUCGUGUUGAUAUACAUAUAUUCGUAUCUAAAUUUUUGUUGCUUUAUUAUCUCGAGUUGAUAUAUGUCCGCAUUAAAAAUGGUAUUGAUAUAUCGGUAUCAAAAAUGGUAUUGAUAUAUUCGGUAUCAAAAAUGGUAUUGAUAUAUUCGGUAUCAAAAAUGGUAUUGAUAUAUUCGAAUCAAAAUUGGUAUUGAUAUAUUGGUAUCAAAAAUCGUAUUGAUAUAUUGGUAUCAAAAAUCGUAUUGAUAUAUUCGUAUUGUUAUAUUAAUAUCUAAAUUCGUACAGAUAUCUAUAUAUCCACUAUAUUUGUAUUAAUAUUUUUAUUAUAUCUGCUUUUUAAUGCCUUGCGUGUAUAAAAAAUGUAUAAUUAGCAUAAACAUGUAUAAUUAGCAUAAAAAUGUAUAAUUUGCAUACAAAUGUAUAAUAUAACCAUAUAUGUAAAUAUAUUAUUAUAAUAUAUGAAGAUACAUUAUACAUGCGCUAAAUCUGCCUAUUGCAGGUCUUUCUUUAUGCCUUAAAUGUUAUAUAAACUAUUAAUUAGACAUUAAUUUACAUAACAAGACCGUAAUUAUGGAUAUGUAUAAUGUAUGUAGAUGAAGGGUUAAUUGUGAAUAGAUUGUAUCGAGUAUAAUUUCUUUAUGUUUUUAAAACAUUUGAUGAUAUGUUUGUAUUUUCAGAGAUUGUUGUAUCUGUAUAUCUGAAAUAAACCAAUUAGAUACUA